AUGGCUGAGACUCCGUCGCAGAUUGGGGCAUCUGAGGAGAAUACAAGUUCAUCUUCAUGGACGGGAGAUUCGCUUGACUUUUGUGAGCUCGAAAUUUCAAUUCCCAAAACCAAAACUGUCCGAAGUGGUCGAGUCCACAGAACUAACGCCAAAUCCCAGUGCUCUGAGAUUCCUGUUCGCGUCGAAUUGAUACCCAAAGAUCAGAUCAUUCCAGACUUGAUGAUCCAGUGA